UGCCUUCGUCACCCUCUCUCUCUUCACUGAAUGAUACCGAAGUAAAGGGGCAUCAAAAUGUUGCUUUGUUACGGGUCAUUCGUUUUCUUCUUAGCUGUAGCUUCGGCAAGUGAUGUACUUGAGUACACAGACUCGAAUUUUGAUUCCGAAAUUAAAGAUAAAGAAAUCGCACUCGUGGAGUUCUUUGCACCAUGGUGUGGACACUGCAAAAGAUUAGCCCCAGAAUAUGAAACUGCUGCAACCAAACUUAAGAAGAAUGAUCCACCAGUUCCUCUUAUUAAGGUUGAUUGUACUGAGGGAGGCAAAGAAACCUGUGGAAAGCAUGGAGUUAGUGGGUAUCCAACUCUAAAAAUUUUCAAAAAUGGGAAGAUGACACAGGACUAUGAAGGUCCAAGGCAAGCCGAUGGUAUUGUUGGAUACAUGAAAAAACAUUCAGGACCUGCUUCUAAAGAAUACAAAGACUUAGACAAGCUGCAGAAUCGUUUAGCAGAUGCAGAGGACAACCUCAUUGUUGGUUUCUUUUCUGAAGAGGAUAACACAAUGCACAAAAGGUUUGCCAAAGCUGCAGACAACAAGAGGAACGAUUUUGAUUUUGCGCACACCUUUGCACCAGAGAUCCUGAAGCACUACAAUUAUGAAAAUGCAAUUGUCAUAUUUAGGCCAUCUCAUUUGCAUGCCAAAUUUGAAGACCCUUUUGUUGCCAUCACGGAUCCAGAGGAAAGUGUGUUAAAUAUUGAAAGAUUCAUUGAUGAUAACCAGUUUGGAAUGGUUGGUCAGGUGAGAGGAAAUAAUGAAGCAAAAUUCAUGAAACCAGUUAUUAUUGCCUACUACAACGUUGACUGGAGGAGAAAUAAAAAAGGAACCCAGUACUGGAGAAACAGAGUUGCAAGGAUUGCAAAGAAAUUCAAGGGGAAACCAAUUUCCUUUGCUAUUGCAAACAAAGGGGAAUACACCAGGCAGAUUGAUGACUGGAAAUUAGACCAAACCCAAGAUGUUCUGGUGGCAGCGAAAAAUGCACAAGGGGAAGUUUUCUUAUUGAAAGAUGAGCCAUUUAGUGUAGCAAAUUUGGAAAAAUUUGUCAAUGACUUUGUUGAUGGUAAAUUGAAACCAUACAUAAAAUCAGAGCCAAUUCCAGAAAAUAAUGAUGGUCCUGUGAAGGUUGUCGUCGGUGAGACUUUCAAGGAUAUUGUGCUUGAUGAAACUAAAGAUGUUUUGAUUGAGAUGUAUGCACCAUGGUGUGGACAUUGUAAAAGUUUGGAGCCAAAAUACAACGAGCUUGGUGAAAAGAUGAAGGAUGUAAAGGACAUCGUGAUCGCCAAGAUGGAUGCAACUGCCAACAGCAGCCCUCCUAAUUUCUCAGUAGGCGGCUUCCCGACUAUCUUCUGGGCUCCCAUGGGAAAGAAGGCAAACCCUCAAAAGUACCAAGGUGGCCGCGAAGUCUCUGAUUUUAUCGACUUUUUGAAACGUGAAUCGACCAACCCCUUUGAGAUUACCGAGAAAAAGAAGAAGAAGAAGAAGGAUUCUAAGGAGGAGCUUUAGAUUUGUGAAGAAGUAGACAGAUUUGAAAUCAGACUUGUAGUAAAGUUAUGUAUUUGCUAGAAAAUUAUCAGUUUGAAAACACUAUGAAAUGACCUCGAGAUUCCCCAUGUACCAAGUAUCAGGGAUCGCUGUCGGCAACAUUGUGUUAAGCUUGGUUGUAUUUCACAGGUAAUGUAAAUUUCGGUGGAAGAUUCGUAAUAUUGCCGACAUUGGCAUUAUCCUUGUCAUUAUUCUUAUUAUUCUUGGCAUUAUUAUUUUCCAUUUCUAAACUUUCUUUACUAAGCCAAAUCAUGGUUCAAUUGUGAAUGCCACUAACAACGAGGUGUUGCAAACUACAAAUCCUUAGGGAAUAUUUUUCUAAUGUCAAUCUUUGAUAAAGAGUAUCACCGAUAAAGCGAAGAAAGCAGUCGCAGCUAUGAAUUGCAGUUAUCUGUUGUAUUUUGUCAAUUGACAUACAAUGAAGAAUUCUUACUCUU